GAAUGUUGUCUUGGCAUGGUUAUGUAGAUGAACUUUUAUGUUACAGUUCUCACCUAAUAAUUACUUCUGAAUUGUGGAUUUGUACCAAAUGUGUUGACGCCUUUGAGACUGAAGGGUAUUAUUGUUUUCUGAAUAGCCGUUUUGACUUCCUGGCUUCUUUUGAACCUUGCCAAACAAACUGUGCAGCCAUUUUAUUUUGUAAAUGGUGUUGUCGUGAGGGGUUUAUAAGAGCUAUAGCAAAAGGACAGUGCGAUGUAAAUAUACUCCUAAAGAGGUGCUCUUGGUCUAUGCCAUUGUGAAGGCAACCUGUGGGUAGUAGAACACUUGGGAUCUGCUAAAGAUGGAGUUUUCCCAAACUAUGCAAUCUUUCUUUUUGUUCAUGGAGUCUGAGCACAUUGGCUAGGUCAGCAUUUAUUGACCAUCCCUACUUGCCCAUUAGGUGGUGGGGAGCUGCUGUUUUGCACUAUUGCAGAUCAUGAGGUUUAGAGCAUCCUUGGGGCCAUUAAGGAAUUCCAGGAUUUUAAUUUGGUGGCAGUGAAGUAACAGUGCUCUAGUUCCAAGGUUGGAUGGGCUGUGGCUUAGAGGGGAACUUGCAGGUUUCUGUGUACUUGCAGCCCUUGUUUCUCUUAGUGGUAAAGGUCAUGGGUUUGGAAGAUACUGCCUAAGGAACCGGAGUGUUAUUGCAGUACACUUUUUGUAGACGGUAUGCACUGCUGUUGCUGUACAUCAAUGGUGGGGUGAGUGCAUGUUGAAGGAAGUAGAUGGGAUGCCAGUCAAGUGGAGCUACUUUGUCUGAGAUGGCGUCAAGCUGUUUGAGUAUUGGAGCCACACUCAUCCAGGAAACUGGGGAGUGUUCCAUCAUGCUCCUGUUCCAUAAUAGCCUUGCGUUUAUGGAUAGAGAAUGAAGCAAAAAGCACAGUAGGAGAAUUUGUAACAGUGUACAGAGAUAGCUUGGUAAGUUUGAAAAUAAAACAGUCUUUGUGGAGAGGAAGAUCAUGGCUUAAUGUAGACUUGACUAAGUUUGGUGAGCUAACCAGGAAUGGGUUGAUGUAUGUAGAAUCCCUAGAUGGCUGGUAUUAGUUAAGAAAAUGGCCUUAAUGUGGUGCCUGUAAUGACUGUAAAUUGCCCAGCAAGCGUGGCUGCACUUGUAAUGCAAGGAAAGGCAUCUGGCAUUUAUUCACACAAACCCCACAAAAGUGAUAAUGUUCAAAUUUUUUUUGGCAUGUUGGAUUUAAUGGCUAAAUAUUUGGACAGAGGGUCAGGGAGUGAUAAUAACUGCUUGGGGAAAAAGUGGGGAUGGGCUCUUUCAGGAGUUACUGAGAAGGCAGCGAUGGGGCUUGGUUUCAUGUGAUUAAAAACACAGAUCUACAUUGGAUGUGAAUGUAGAAAGUAUAAUUAUUGAAUGUGCAGAUGACCUGGAAAUCUGUUGUCAUUAGUGAGGAGGAUGGUCUCGGACUAGUCUAUUAUUGAUCAGCUGGUGAGUUGGGCAGAGCAAUGGCAGAUGGAAUUUUAAUCCCACUAAAUAUGAGGUGAUGCAUUUUGGGAGGCCUAAUAAGGGAGCAACAGAAAACAAAGUUGCUGGAAAAGCUCAGCAGGUCUGGCAGCAUCUGUGAAGUAAAAAGAGUUAAUGUUUCUGUAAUGUUCAAUUGAGAGAUAUAGGGAAAAAAAUUCAUGUUCUGUCUAUGUCGGACAUGUGUAAGACCAGAGAGCAUACGUUGAAGGUGAGAGUGAGUGUAUAAGAGCAGAUCUGAAAAGAGCCAUCCGUGCUAUGGUGGAAAUUUGGAACGUGCUGCCCGAGAAGGUGGUGGAGACAGAUAAUCAUAAUAUUUAAGUAUCUGGAUGAGCACUUAAUAUGCCAGAGCAUUGUAAACUAUAGACCAAGGGCAGGUAACUGGGAAUAGUGCAGACUGGUGGUAGGAGAUAAUGGGAACUCUGAUGGGUCUCGCCCCAAAAUGUCAGCUUUUGUGCUCCUGAGCUGCUGCUUGGCCUGCUGCAUUCAUCCAGCUUCACACUUUGUUAUCUUGGUGGAGAUUGGUAUUUGGUUGGCAUUGACAUGGUGUGCUGAAGGGCCUGUUUCUAUGCUAUAUGAUUCUGACAGUCUCUGAUAAAUGGUACUACUGAGAGUGCGGCAUUGCCUCCACUGCACUGGAACGUCAACUCUGCAGGUCUAGAGCACAGAAGUCAGUGCGGUCUUGAAUGUACUGUAUUCUGACUCUGGCAAGCUUGCAACUAACAGAGCCAUAGCUGAAACAUCUCAAGGAGUGGAAAAUGUGGUGAACUAAUUCCGGAGUUGACCACUUAGUUAACCGCUUUCCCCUACCUCACCGUUGUGGCAAAGUUAACAGCCACAUCCCAGUAUCUCGGGAAAUCUUUUGAUUCAUGGGUAUUCAAAGAACACUUUGUUUUUGUUUCGAGUUUGGUAGAGUUUACUUUUGUAAUUGAAUUGUCUGCAGUUUGCAGUUCGUUCUUGUCUUCAUGUGUAUGUGUGUGUUGCAGUCGAACCAAGUUUUUUCCCUUCCGUGGCACAAAUGUUUGUUUUUCUGGGAUACCAUUGUUUGAGUGUAGGCAGUUGUCUGAAACCUUGUGUUUUUGCUCAUGACUGUGCAUGCUGAGUGAGUGAAUGUUGGAAAGCUGUUUAACUUUGGAAAGUUAAGCCCAGUUAUAGCUUUCUUUGCAGCCAAGGCAGGCAGCCAUUUUCAAAAAGCAUUUCAGCAUUGGAAGGCAGGAGGUCAGCAAUUGGGAAUAUUUUCACUAAACAUUAGCAAUCCUAAACCAAAGAACAGUAGAUAAUGAUUUAUUGCGAAUUUGUUCUUGCUAUGUUUGCUGUCUCACGUUUGCACUGCCAGUGACUGCAGGAACUUGAUUGUAUGUGCUGACUCCUUGCUUUCUUCCUUGUCAUGGGGUAAUGGGCACAGUGUGAUCAAGUGGCUCUUGUAAAGGAAUAUCUGGAUUACAACACAGUCUGCACUUGUCUACAGCCACUUCGUUUCUGACCUCUUAUAGCUAAACAUGAAUGAAAUAGCUGAACUGCACAGCUCCCCACAGGCAGCUACGUGUCCAGAAUGAUGACGACCGACAUGGUUGACAACCACCGAGAGAGCUGGGAUUCUCUUAUCUGUGCCAUGGAGAAGUACCGGAAGCAAACUGGCAAUGAUGUUGUCCUCCUCACAGCUUAUCGGCCCAAGCUGCAGUCAAACCUUGCCUAUGCAGUUCAUGGCACAGGGGCCCUCACAGACGCCAUAAAGCAGUACUUAGAUGACAUUGCAGUUUUCCACAAGACCUCUGCUUACACCAACAGCGUGAUCCCAGUGCCCAACAGUGAGAAAGCUGCAGGGCAGGACGCACAUGCCUCUGAGGAUGCUUUCUCCAAGAGCUAUCCGUCCAUUUAUGGCAAGAGUGGUUUUACGACUGGCAAUCAGGGUCUGGUCAGUCCAGGGCCAGUGGCCACAAAUGGCCCUGAGGCAGCAGAAACCGAAGAGAGGUCGGCUUCUGUAUCAGAGAGAGAAGUGGACCGAUGUAGCUUAAACGAUACUUCAGCCAUGUUCACAAUGGAUGAGGAAUCAAACAGUCAGGACUGUGAGCCCUUCUUUGAAUCUGACCUUGAUGGAGAAAGCACAGAUGAUGGCAGUCUGAGUGAGGAACUUCCUGUUCGUUCACAAACGUUGCCACAAGCAAGGCAUCACCAGUAUGCCAAGUCCCUGCCUGUGUCUGUGCCCAUAUGGGGAUUCAAAGAUCUGAAGCCAAAGAAGCUUGCUGAUGGAGAAAAUGAAGGAAGGUUGCCUUCCCCAGAUUUGGACAAGAUUGCUGCUAGCAUGAGGGCCUUGGCCAUGAGUGUGACAGACGGCACUGAAAUGUUUGGUGACCUGCCUCGUCCUCGACUCAACACCGGUGACUUUCAGAAGCCCUAUCGGAAGUACUAAAGCACUUUUUGCCGCUGCGACUUAUUCUACCCUUCUCUUCUUCCCCCCCCACCCCCAUCCCCACCCCCACCCUUCUCCCUCUGUUCUACACCCUACCCUGUCAAGCACAACACUACAGGAACCCUUCUGCAAGGAAAGCUGUUUACUGGCCCAGGGCCAUCCCAUGGGCCAGCUGCUUCAUGUAGCAUUAAGGUUACAUAUAACAAAAGACUGGUUCAGAAGUUGAUUCAGUAACUUUUCAAAGAUGAAGAAAGCAAGAAACUUUAUAGUAUAUUUUUCUGGCAAAACAUUGUGUGUAGCAGAGUGCCCCAGAAUCCACUUUUAAUGUUCCAACUUGUCCUUGUGUCGUUCUCCUCCUUCCAGCAUGCUUUGUUUUUUGUUUUAAAACAAGCUAACUGAGCCCUUUCAUUAUAUUCAGACAAGAGCAUGGUUCAGAUAAUCCUCUCUCUCUCUCUCUCUCUCUCGCACACACAUUCAGAUUGAGAGAUGAGCUGACACUAAUCUUCUCAUAAAAGAUCAUUAUCUAAAUCUGGUGUCUUGGCCAAUCUGCUUUUGUUUUAAUCUUGUGUUUUUUUUUAAAAGAGAAUGAGCAUGAAACAUAUGUUAAUUUUUAUUGCAAAUCAGUACAAAGGGGCUACAAGAUUAAUUUUAGUGAGGUUGGCCUGUUGCUGUUACAUGGCAAAUGAGCAGGUUCAGUUUGCUGUCACUCGUUAAUGCUGAAGGGCUGCUGGAUACUCCAUGUUUAUUCAAGUAAUUGGGCUAAUAAGAGUCCAGGUGCUUCAGCAAAUGUCCUGGUCUAUUAACUCCAGUACUUUGCAUCCCUGAGCAACUUUGUCAUGAGAAUGUUUAGUUCAAAAACAGAUUUGCUACUUGAUGCCAAACACUGGCUGUAAUUCAGUUUGAGGUGAUUAACUUGAACUUGUUUAGAAUCCUCCUUUCUCUUGUGCCACCUUAGGAACCAAAUACUGAUUGUUGGCUUUUCAGAAUCUCCUACAGUGCUGCAGUGCCCAUCCCACUGGCCCCUUCUGUCAUUGUCAUGUUCACUUAAAGGAUUGAUCUGAGGAUUGACUUGCAAUCCAUGCAAGUAUGAGUUGGUUUUCUUUUUGAGCUGGUUUUGUUGCCUGAUUGCAUGCUCUGGCUUUUAUCUCUCUCUCUACCUACCUCAGCCUAUAGAUCAAGUUUGGACAUCAGUAAUUUUUCCCCACCUGCUUCAUUACAGAAGCAUUAUAAUGCUUUCCUUUCACUGAUUACAAGAAGCAGUUGAACUUGUCAAAGGCAAGGCAGCUGCUAAUUCCCCAAAGACAGCCAUUGUGUCAUCUGUCUUGGAGUUUUACGGUCAGAUUUGUCUUUGCUGAAUCCACUCGCUUGUUGUUCUAUUGACAUUUGCCCCAGGGAUCCUAAACUUGCAAAACCAGACUGCUCUUAGCUGUCACUGAGAAGCGUUGGAUGAAUGUUGAAUGUGUCUCCUUCGUUAAAUACCCUUUUUGUUUAGACUGUGUUUUAUAGAUACAUGGACAGAGAAAUAUCUCUUUAGAGAUCAGCUUCCAUCAAUGUUCCAAACUGUUCGGCAUAUGACAAAGGUGGAUUGCUUGUGUUCCUCACUGAGGUUGAAAUCAAAAUGUACAGAAGCUGAUUCUCACUCUAAGGUCAGCAGUUUCUGGUCAGUCCCACUGAUUGGAACUCUCUCCUACUCCCACUGCCCAAGGUAGGCCUUUUGUGAAUUAGUUCUCAGGUACAGUGGGAAUUGGAGUGGGUGUGCAACGGGGCUCCACCCUGCCAGUUUACUGUGUAGGUAAGCUGUAAAUCAUUAACCCCUGCCACCCCCCUCCCUUGUUCCCCACCAACGACCACCAAGCAGUAUCUCCAUAGACUGUUUAUCUUUUGAGCAAUUGUUACUUCACUUAAAUGCAAUUCUGUUAUACUUGAACACAGCCCAGGAGAUGACUGCAAACUCCUGUGACCAAGCCUGACCCUGGCCUUGGCACUUUUAUCCCAGCUCAGUCCUCAGCAGUGGAGGAGGGAAAACACCCCAGAAGCAAGUCUCCCUAUAUGGGCUGUACUUAGCAUUCUGUCUGGGUUUUUGGAUGUUUUGUUUGGUUUUUUUGGAAGCGUGUUCUUUGGAACUGCAGGAAUGACCCAGCCACACUGUCAACACUACAAUGAGCAAAUUGGAGGGUGUGAGCUUCUGUGCAAUACAGUGACCCAAUUGCAAUACUUUUGCUUUAAUUACAUUCCCAGAUCCUCAUUCGUGGCCACUUCAGAGUAGCAGGUGUAGCUAACUGUUUUUUGCUCCGUGUCUACUACCUUCCUCCUGAAUUAGGUGUAACACCACUAUCAGCCUUCCCUCUUGUAGCUUUCCAGCAUCUGUUGUGUAACUGGCUAACCCUUGUACUUUCUCUGAGAUGCAUGGAUUUUCAAAUACCCUUUAGUUCACUUGCACACCCCUUAGCCUGAUUGGCUGCAUGUCUUCACACUUAACAAUUCUCCCAUACGAGAAGUGUUUCUAUAGAGCUCCUGUAAUGUUGCAUUCCACUGCUGGGGCAUAAUUACUGAGUUAACCCUCCCUUUGCUGCAAUUAGUCAUGCUAACGUCUGCCAUGUUGUGAAUUUGACUUUGGACGUCUGGGCUAUUUUGGUUGUGAAUUUUUCAUUUCAUAGAAGCCCAGACUUGCUAAUUCGGUAUCUGAGGGUAGAGUGUAGAACCUAAUGACCAGAAAAUGUUUCUUCUGAUCGUUUCCAAAUCUCAACUCAAGCUAUUGAGUGCUCCCCUCUCAAAGAGUGUAGGUUGCAUUGACACUAGCCUGAGAGGUGUUGGAGUGAGUCUUGGUUGGAAAUCUAGGGCUGUAGCCUGAUCUUACAGAACGGCUCCAAUUCAAGUAUAAGAUAAAUCACAACUCCAGUCCAAUUUAGCAGAGUAAACUGGUUCCCUAAUUCAGCACUUGUGCUCAGUCUAGUCCUUUUGUAGCUGGAGCUAUGACUGUUAUUUGCUCUGCACAGUUAUUCCUCCAGUGCCUGCAGCGACUGGAUCCUAGAUCUCUCAGCAUUGCUUAAUUUUUAACACUAAUUAGUUGGAUUAGCAUGUCUCUCUUUUGGAAAGAGAAUUUGGAUUCCUUCACUGGGAGGGAAUAUCUAUCUCUUCUUGAGUUGUGGGUAAUGCACUGCCAUACUGAGCAGCUCCCUGCUGAUCUGAGGUUUUGAGCAUGUUGGUAUCUUCCACCAAUGGUUCAGUCUAAAUACAUAGAGUUUGUGUAAUCCAUUAUCAGCAGCUCUCAUUUGCAUUCAGUUUGAUGCAAGUUUUGGGUUUGAAGGCAGAGGCAGUGUCAUUUCUGCUGGGUGUAGCUGACCAGGGCCUGAUGUUUUUGGGUAUGGCUGAGUAGGCUGACCUGCUGAGAUGGUAUGUGUGAAGAACUGAUGUUUUAAUCCAGUUUUAAAUGGAAAUGAAGUGAUAUGAGUGAAAUUGCAAUGUGUGAUUGACCGUCUCUCUGUUUUGUGUUGGGCGUUUCAUGAAGAGUGCUGGUGACCCCUCCCCUUUCCACACUGGGAACUUGAAGGGCAGGAGAGGAACCUAGACAUUUUAAAAAUUGUCUGUUGCUUGGCUAUUGGCUCAAGUUGCUGCCUGACUUUGAUCAAGAUGGAUUUCCUUCAAAGCUGUUUGUUGCUGGGAAUGGUGAUGAAUCUACCCAUUUGUCAGUGGGGCAUAAUAUCUUUCAGCUUAUCUACAAUUAAAAUCUACUGUUUUGUGCAGAGUUAGUGCAACAUUAAUCCUUCCAUUCCUCAGUCUGCAACUGUCUAUUUUUCUCUCUUUCUGAGCUCCCACUUGAAUCUUCUGGCUAAUGGAGGCUUCUGUCUUUUGAGAACAGUUUCCAAAAUGUACUGUUGUCUCUUUUGUAAUGCUGAAGAACAGUGACCACCCCCUCCACCCUGCCCCUUUUCACUAGUGAGGCAAGGAGGUCCUUGGUGCCUUUGCUCAUAGUAGCAACUGGCUGGAUCUAACUGUAAAGGAGGAGCUGGAGUACAUUUGCUUUGUGCUUGGAAUGGUUUGAGAUAUCUUAAGUUGUGUAAACGGAGUGGUUGGAGUGAUGAGAGAGACUGAACAGUCAGAAUCAGGCCAGUUGGCUGCAGUUACUGUGUAGAUGUUUGUUUCUGGGUGCUGUUUGGGUGCAGCACCCCAUGUGUCAUCAGCAGACACCUGCAUAAUCCAGCUAAAUUAUCACUUUUUUUUCUGGCUUCCAAAGGACCUUUUUUAAGAGAGCUUUCUGCCAGUAUUUGGUCUUUUGAUGCUCAUCUGCAUGAAAAAAUUAGAUUUAACUCUGUCUCCUCUGUGUGUUCUCUUGUAACUCCCAGUGUUGACUCUUGAUUCCUCCCCCCUGCCUUGUGAGAGUUGUACUUUGAGGGAAUUGUCAAAGUGGUUAAUGAUCUCUUGAGGAAUGAAAACAGAUAGGAAGCUGGAAGAGGGUUAUCACUUCUGUGCUCUACCAGUAUAGUUUGUGAAUCACUCCAACUUUUGAAUCCCUAUAAUUAAUGCAACCAUCCUUUAUAUGCAUUAUAUAGUAAAAAUUAAAUUUGGCUUCAGUUGUGAUGUCAGUGGAUUGACAAUGUUGUGUUGCAGUUUUUUUAAAAAGGCAUCAGAUGUGAAGACUACAGAUGGGGGUUGUCUGCACUGGAGUAUUAACCCAGCGAGUGAACCUUUACUUCUGUUGCUGUCUGUGCUUCUAGCACGUUGUUUCAUUUUAAACUGCCCAAUGUUAUUUUUCUUUAAUGUGCUGUUUCUGGCGAGUAUUUGGGUGAGCAAGGUAUGUGCAAUCAUUGAAGCUCUUCACAAUCUGUUCUGAUUGUGUAUCCCUGACCCAACAUGUGAAGGACUCUACCCAGUGUGAGAAAUAACUACCCGUUUUAAGAUUCACUGUCAAAAACUGCUUGUUGAGGUGGGCUAAGCUCCAGUUUCUAGUUACAGUUCCACUUUUGCCUUUUCUCCAAUACCUGUCCAAGGCACUCCUGUUUCUUCAGAGAGGAAAGAAGACUGCAAAUGAUACUUCAGUUUGUGUUGAUGGGCUGGAGUAUUGAAAUGAGAGAGAGAGAGAGAGAGAGGUGGUUGUUGGGGUGGGGGGAGGGGGCAGAGGAGUGUGUGUGCAUGCAAGGAAUGAACUAUUUCUGGUAUAUCUGAAUCUUCAAAAGAUUUUAAGCAACCAUGUUGCUUCUUGGGAUGUUUAACAAACUGUAGACAAUCACUGCUGGAGAUGUGAACAAAAUGAUGAGAAACUGACAAAAGGAUGCAACUAUUCUCAUUUUCUAAGAAUAAAGUUGUUAUUACAAAUGUGG